AUGAGUUCAGAGAAGAAUGAAACUUUAUCUGAAGGAGAGUGUAAUAACAAUAAUGACUACAAAUACGAAAAGGACUUCCAGACGGCGUUACCUCAAUUUCUAGCUGUUAGCGCUAAGAAUUUGCUAUUAUUGGGAUAUGGAAUGACCCUUGGAUUUUCAACUAUCCUCAUACCAGCUGUUCAAUCACCAAGGACUGAUGAAAUAUUAUAUUUAACCAAAUCAGAAAUAUCAUGGAUAAGUUCUAUGAAUUUAAUCGUGGUGCCAAUAGGAUGUGCGCUGUCAGGUUUAGUGACGUCUCCACUAGGGCGAAAGAAGGCGAUGCAGAUGGUUAACAUACCGUUUUGCAUAGCAUGGCUAUUGUUCCACUUCUCUACAACAACAGGACAUCUUUAUGGAGCUUUAUUUCUAACUGGUCUAGCAGGAGGAUUACUUGAGGCACCUGUGCUGACGUAUGUAGCUGAAAUCACUCAGCCCCACAUAAGAGGUGCGCUCGCUGCUACCAGUUCUUUGUGCAUCAUUAUAGGAGUGUUCACGCAGUUCCUUCUUGGUCUUUUACUGUACUGGAGGAUUGUGGCCUUAGUGAAUAUUACAUUUACGGUGUUGGCAAUCAUCGCCCUUUGCUUUGUGCCCGAGUCGCCACAUUGGUUGGUAUCAAAGAACCGCAACAACGAUGCAAGGAAGACCUACGCGGUGUCCAUCUUCCAGAUGCUGCAAACACCAAUAGACAAAUACUACGCCACUUUAAUACUAGGACUGCUACAGAUUAUAGGUUCAACGACAUGUGUCCUUCUCGUCCAUUAUACGGGGAAGCGACCCCUGACUUUUAUCUCUACUGGAGGAGCUGGCGUCUGCUGUAUAUUAGUUGCUGCUUUUGACAUUUAUAUAAAAACGGCACCGCAAUCGUCAGAGACAAAUUUGACAUCAAUAAGCCCGAACGACACGUCACCAUCUGUUGACGAUCAAAUGCAGAACCCAUAUUCCUGGAUGCCCAUAACACUACUCAUGCUCUUGGCUCUCAUCUCACAUACUGGUCUAAGAUUACUUCCAUGGAUAUUAAUAGGAGAGGUGUUUAGUGCAAAAACGAGGACGGCUGGAGCUGGUUUCGCAAGCGCUGUAGGAUACGUUUUUGGUUUUCUGACAAAUAAAAUGUACAUCAACAUGGUGGAUACCCUAUCCAUAUGGGGUACUUACGGCUUAUAUGGCAUUGUAAGUUUCAUUGGAUGCAUUGUAUUUUAUUUCAUCUUACCUGAAACAGAAGGGAAGAAACUGAAUGACAUAGAAAAUCAUUUCACUGGCAGAAAAAAACUAAACAAUAAAGUUUACCGUUCCAAGAGGAUUGAAAAAUCAAGAAUGCAUGAGCUAAAAGGCGCCACUAAUCUAACGUUUGAAGGAGAUACUUCAAAAUUAUAG